AGAUACGUCCCCCCGGACCAAGAAGGCACAACAACCGGCAAUGCCCUGCACCAGAAACACCCCCUGGGCGCGCGCGCGCGCCACCUCAAGACGACGGGCAGCCUGAUCGUGCGCUUCGAGAUGCCCUUCGCCGUGUGGUGCACCACCUGCCGACCCCACGAGACCCUCAUCGGCCAGGGCGUGCGCUUCAACGCCGAGAAGAAACCCGUCGGUCGAUACUUCUCCACCCCCGUGUACAGCUUCCGCAUGAAGCAUGGCCCCUGCGGCGGGUGGAUCGAGAUCCGCACCGAUCCCCGGAAUACCGAGUAUGUGGUUGUGGAAGGCGGGCGGCGGCGGGAUUAUGGCGAUGCUGCGGGAGGAGGAGGCGGCGGCGGCGGCGGGGAGGGGGGGCAGGGGGAGAUUGUGGUGCCGGGGAUGGGGUUGGCGCAGGUGGGAAGGAAGAUUCGUGGGGAGGUGGAUCCGUUUGCGCGGGUGGAGGGGAAGGUCGAGGAUCAGCGGCGGGGCGCGGGGGCGAGGGAGCGGAUUGGGGAGUUGCAGGUGCGGCAGGCCCGGGAUUGGGAGGAUCCGUAUGAGAACUCCCGGAGGUUGAGGAGGGGGUUUCGGGAGGAGAGGAAGGGGUUGGAGCGGAAGGCGGCCGAGACGCAGUUGUUGCGGGAUAAGUUGAGUCUUGGGAUUGAGGUCGUCGAGGAGACCGAGGAGGAUCGUGUCAGGGCUGGGCUGGUGGAGUUUGGCGAGCACCCGGGGAAUCCGUCCACCAGCACCCGGCUGAAGCCGCUGUUUGCGGGGGGCCCGCGGGCUCGAUCGACGGGCCAGGGGGAGGAUGCGCCGGCGUCGCGCAAGGCCUUGUUUCGCAGUGAGUUGAGGGGCAAUACUCGCGCGGCGGUGGAUCCGUUCCUCAGUAGUGAUUCGAGUGAGUGGCGGCCCGAGAGCAAGAGACGGAGGACUGUUGCGAGUAGUCGGCUUGCUGAGGAGGAGGAGGCGGCGGCGGCGGCGGCGAGAGGUAGCAGCGCCACGCCUGACUGUGAACCCGUGAGGACGGCAGAGACCACGCCGCCGCCGCCGCUGCUGGCUUCGGCUGGGCUGGUGGAUUACGCGUCGGAUUCUGAUUGA